CACAAGCUGCGUUUACUCGUGUCCCAGAUAUUUCAUCAUUCUCUUCUCGCAUUACGGCGGUCCAUGCUUCGUAGCGCAGCAUCAGCACUGCUGAGGAGGACCAGCACUGACAUCCCCGCCCUCCGCCCGCUAACGACGGUCCGGAUCGCUCGGCAGUCGCUCCGCUACGACCCCAAAAACCGGCCGUUUUCCACGUCGGUCCGCUUGAGUAAGAAGAAGAAGCAAAGCCUGUGGCUGCAGCCGGCGGAAGGACAAACCAUGAACGGCAACAUUGAAGCGGUUCUGGCCCCCUUGAGGCUGGCCGUAAAAGAACAGGGGGACCUGGUGCGGCAGUUAAAACAGGAUGGAGCUCCAGAUGUGGAUGUUACUAAAGCUGUGGCUGAACUGAAAGCAAGGAAGAGAACCCUGGAGGCCAAGGAGCUGUCAUUACAACCCAAAGAUGACAUUGUAGACAGAUCAAAGAUGGAGGAUACCCUCAAGAGACGGUUCUUUUACGACCAGGCUUUUGCCAUCUAUGGAGGUGUGAGCGGCCUGUAUGACUUCGGCCCCGUGGGCUGUGCCCUGAAGAACAACAUCCUGCAGGCCUGGAGGCAUCACUUCAUCCAGGAGGAGCAGAUUCUGGAAAUAGACUGCACCAUGCUGACCCCGGAGUCCGUCCUCAAGACAUCAGGACAUGUGGAAAAAUUUGCUGACUACAUGGUGAAAGACGUCAAAAACGGCGAAUGCUUCAGGGCAGACCACCUCCUCAAAGCCCACCUCCAGAAGCUGAUGUCUGAUAAGAAGUGCACAGCAGAGAAGAAGGCCGAGAUGGAGCAGGUCACAACUCAGAUGGACAACUACACCCAGCAGGAGCUGACCGAUCUCUUUGUGAAAUACAACGUCAAGUCGCCCACCACAGGAAACGACCUCACACCUCCCAUCUCCUUCAACCUGAUGUUUCAGACGUCCAUCGGACCAGGGGGGAACAUGCCGGGGUACCUGAGGCCUGAAACAGCUCAGGGAAUCUUCCUCAACUUCAAACGCCUGUUAGAGUUCAACCAGGGAAAACUGCCCUUUGCUGCAGCUCAGAUAGGAAACUCCUUCAGGAACGAGAUCUCUCCUCGCUCUGGGCUCAUUCGUGUCAGAGAGUUCACCAUGGCGGAGAUUGAGCACUUUGUGGACCCAAACGAGAAGGUCCACCCUAAAUUCUCAAACGUAGCCGACCUGGACAUCACGUUAUACUCCUCCAAGGCUCAGACUAGUGGCCAGUCUGCACACAUCAUGAGGCUCGGUGAUGCUGUGGAGCAGGGAGUCAUCAAUAACUCUGUCCUGGGAUAUUUCAUCGGGAGGAUCUACCUCUACCUCACCAGAGUUGGUAUCGCCAAAGACAAGCUGCGCUUCCGUCAGCACAUGGACAACGAGAUGGCUCACUACGCCUGCGACUGCUGGGACGCCGAAGCCAAAACCUCCUACGGCUGGAUUGAAAUCGUGGGGUGUGCCGACCGCUCGUGCUUCGAUCUGCAGUGCCACGCGCGGGCCACGAAGGUCCCUCUGGUCGCAGAGAAGCCUCUGAAAGAACCCAAAGUUGUCAAUGUCGUCCAGUUUGAGCCAAACAAAGGAGCCUUGGGAAAGGCGUACAAGAAGGAUGCCAAGAUCGCCAUGGAGUAUCUGUCUCAGUGUGACGAGGACUUCAUCGCAGAUCAGGAGCGGCUGCUCAGUGAGAGCGGAGAGUUCACCAUCGAGUCGGAAGGCAAGUCCUUCAAACUCACCAAGGACAUGGUCGCUGUGAAGCGAUUCCAGAAGACCCUGCAUGUGGAGGAAGUGGUUCCCAAUGUGAUCGAGCCCUCCUUCGGCAUCGGUAGGAUCAUGUACACCAUCUUUGAGCACACAUUCCACGUCAGAGAAGGUGACGAGCAAAGAACGUACUUCAGCUUCCCAGCCACCGUGUCUCCCUACAAAUGUUCUGUCCUGCCUCUGAGUCAAAACCAGGAAUUCAUGCCCUUUGUGAGGGAGUUAUCUGAGGCGAUGACCAAAAACGGCGUGUCCCACAAGGUGGACGACUCCGCGGGAUCCAUCGGCAGACGUUACGCCAGGACGGACGAGAUCGGGGUGGCGUUCGGCAUCACCAUCGACUUCGACACGGUGAACAAGGAGCCGCACACCGCCACGCUGAGGGACCGCGACUCCAUGAGACAGAUCCGGGCCGAGGUCAGUGAGUUGCCGGUGAUCGUUCGGGAUUUGGCCAACGCCACAUUGACCUGGGCCGAGGUGGAGAGCAAGUACCCCAUCUUUGAAGGACAGGAGACCAGCAAGAAGGACACAGUCGAAGAGUAAAGUUCACUCGUCUGCCAGACACGCGAUGAAAAUCCAGACAUGUUGCGUACGCAUCACCAGGAAGAACAUGGCAACUGCAUUGUGAUGAGCUGAAGUGGUGCACCGAGGCCUCCUUGUGUUCUGCGCCACUUCCAUCACUAAAAUAUCAUGUCCCCAUCAUAUCUGGCAUGGCUGUUGUUUCUCCGACGGGCAGCAUUUCAUCCAUGUACGAACACGUCAAAAUGUUUAAAAAGGGAGAAAUUAUAAUCAGGUUUUUGUUGUCGGUGGAAGGAAAAAUCCACCAUUCCGGUUUUCUGGCAGAUAUGAUUCAGCGAUUUAACAAUUUCAAUUAAAAUGACCAGCACUUACUGGACAUGGGUA